CCUGCUGAUACAAAGCUAACUGUUGCUAAAGUCAGCCGAUGACCCACCACUGAACUCUGUCUUCCAACAGUAUCGGCUUUGGUCUCCUUAGACUUCCUCCAUAUGACCUUACCAUCCGCUGAUCGGUCCUUCCCAAUGCACAAUGCUUUUGACAAACUAGAGAUUGAAAUUUAUCGCAUGGCCUGGUUGGGUGAAACACAAGGCAAUUUAUUUAAUGUUCCCUCCUCCUCAAUUAUUGUAGGUCCUGAAGGGUGUGGCAGCCAGAGUGGACCUGUCAGAGGAUCUCAUCUCAUUGACUGGUAUCUAGGCCUGACAUGGCCGCGCCGCUCAUACUUUUUUGCCGUCUACUCAAAUAUCCAAAAAUUCGCAUUCGUACACCUUUUUUGUAAUCGAUUUAGCUAAGGUUUUUUUUCCAUAUACCACUUUCGGAGUCGUAUAGGGAUUUUUCUCAUUCUCUCACCUUGGAGUUAAAUUUUACUACACUCGGUUGCCCCACGUAUUCGAUUUUGUCUUCUGGAAUUUUUAUUCAAGUGCUUAAACACCUAAUCUACUCUUUCCGACCUACGGAUGGAUUUGCUGUUUGGAUGCCAUGUGUUGGCUCCUUUGACGUUUGGCUUUUUGCAGUUUCAAGCUAUCGCACGGAAAAAUUACAAUGCGAAUUGCCUUUAUAUUGUUGGGGAGACUGAACACAUCAGAAGGUACAGCGAUGCCGGUUUCUUGUGUGCAGCCUGGUCUAGCUGAUUUACUUAGAUGUUUCUGAAAAAGAAGGUUCUGUUUCUGUUGUUCUUUUUCAGAAAAGAGAGGGGAACGUGAAUGGCAGGAACGUGAACAACAGGGAAACAAAAGACUAAUUUUGAUGAAUUUUGACAUACGUCAGCAUGCAAUUGGACCCAAUUGAACAAAAACAUUCAGCAUGCAUCAGAUAUGCGGCAGCAUGAGGCAAAUGUUUACAAUAACAAAUUUUAAAAAACUGCCACAGGAACAUCGAUUCAACAUAGCGAGAUAAUAAUUAACAAACAAAAAACUUAGAGAGGCUCUGCUAAAACCAAAAGAAGUAGUUAUUAAAUGCAGGAACUUUGUCCAUCAGUGUCAUACCUGUUCACUGUACAACCCACAUCCACACCAUUCUGGGGCUGCCGGCUCUGUUAGGCGGGGCCAACAUGCGGGCGAGAUCGUACAGAUGGACUUUACAGACAUGAUUGAUGCCCAUCGGGGCAAACGUUUUCUUUUGUGCAUUGUUGACACCUUCUCUGGGUGGCCUACCUUCUAUCCUUGUAAGCGGGAAACUUCGGCUGAAGUCAUUACUGCUCUGGUCACUCAUUGGAUACCAUUGUUUGGCGUCCCUACCGAAAUACAUUCUGACUCAGGUAAGCACUUCACGGCAGGGGACGUGUCUAGAGUUUGUGCCCUUCUGGGCAUAAAGAAAACGUUCUCCUGUGUCUAUUACCCUAAAGGCAAUGCCCAGGUUGAGCGCAUGAAUAGGACACUGAAGGGGGUUCUGGCUAAAAUGCUGUGUGAUGCCUCCUCCAGUGGUCUUAAAUCCACGUGGCUCUCACUGUUGCCCUCAGCCACCUUUCAUAUACGCUCCAUGGUUAAUCGACGCACGGGCCACUCUCCUUUUGAGCUUAUGUUUGGCAGAGCCAUGCCUGGUUGUCUGCCCACUGCAGAGUCUCCUGGUUUACCCACUGUUAAGCAGCUUUUCCAAUUUCGACCUUAUUUUGAGGCUCUUCAGGCAGUCUUGGCAGAAAUUCGUUCUGCCCUACCUGACUCGGCCUCCCCCUCUGACUAUACCUCUGCCUUGCCCUCCAAGGUGUACAUCAAGAACCAUACCCGCUCCAAGUGGACAGCGCCCCGCUAUCGAGGACCGUUUGCGGUUACUCAUAGGACUGCUACUGCUGUUAAGAUCCGGGGCAGUGAGAAGUGGUACCAUUGGACGCACGUCAAGCCUCAUCAUGCGGGGAGUGGGACGGACGGUCCCACUGAAGGGGGGGAAGCAGGAACUAUGCACCCCGGACAGUGAGGACGGUGACUGGGACCCUCCCACUACCAGAAUACAGGCUCUUUACAAAUGGGCUUGGGAUAUAGGCCCAUUAUCUCUUCCGAAGUGGGCAUGGCUUGUGUUUAUCAUUUUUUGUUGUUUUGCUAUUCCAAUUGUAUUGAAAUGGGGUGAACAAUUGCCCCACGAUCUGAAAGAGUCACAUGUCUCUAACUCUUCUUUGCCUGCAGAAGGAAAUGAGUCCAGGAAACGACGCUCACUGAUACCUGAUAAUCAUGGUCCAGCAGGUAAUGCUUGGAUGAAAUUGGCCAAAUACACAGCUCAAGUCACUAAUGUCAGCACACCAUGUUGGGUUUGUUCGUUCAGACCACAUCAUUCUGGAGAUGCCCCUACUUCUGUGCCUAUACCCAUCGCAGCCGACAAAAUGGUUUGCCUGCUGUGGGCGGCCAGGAAGGCCGUCACACAGUGCGGCGACUUUAGAUGUGUGUUUACGAAAAUAAAUGAUUCAAUCUCGACUAUAGGCUUAGGGUUUAACAGUAAGUGGGUAGAGACAGUCCCUACAAAUUGGACGACGUGCAUUGAAUGGAGUAGGUAUACUAGCCCCGAUCGUUGGAUAUUUCCCAAAAACUUUUCCCGGAUGUCGAAUCGCACCAUUCACAAGGGUAUGACAUUACACCGUAACCCAGUCCCAGCCCCAGUUGGCUUGUAUCGGGACUGCCGGGAGGGUGAUGUUCCGGUAGGAACACAAAAAGCUACACAACUGUUGGUCACAUAUAGGCGCUAUACGAAUGCUACACCUCUAGUUAGAGAUGACCCGAGUAUCUACCCCUACGGUAGAGAUGGAUCGCUUACAGUUCGUAAACGGUGUGGGAAGGCUGAUGGCACCACCUAUGCCUGUGAAAGUUCUGGGUGGUUGACCCUUAAUGUUACCCGGUUGAAGGUGUCUGAGGGCACAAAGGUUGGUAAUGUCACGACGGCACGACUAGCAGUGCCAGAUCGACGUGGGUUCCCCACCCCUAAAGGCCACGUCUGGUUGCGUGGGGAUCACACUUACUUCACGCUGCCUGAAAAUUGGUGUGGCACGUGCACGUUGGCUGUAACCCGGCCAUCAUCUAUUGUGCUUCCGGAAGAACUGAUGCAGGAGACGGUAGGUAGAUACGGGCAUCAUAACCCACACGAGCACCACCAGAAACGCAGACUCACGGUAGGUGACCGACCGGUAGGAAAGGUAUAUGUCCCCUUCUCAGACAAUGACGGUAGGCAACCAUUGUUUGGGGAUGCUAAGGGCUUCUUUGGGACAAUAAUACCGAGGUUAGGGACAGCCUCAUCCAUGAAGUCCCUGAACGAAGUAUGGUGGGUAUUGGAGGACAUAACAGACAUCCUAGGUGAAAUACUAGAUCAGUUAGCAGCCAGUCCUGAAUUGAAAGCUGUGGCGACCGUGGCCAUGCAGAACAGAGUAGCAUUGGACGCCCUGCAUGCUGAGAAUGGGGGAAUGUGUGCAGCGGUAGGGAUUGACCACUGCUGUACUUACAUCCCCGAUGAAACAGGUAAUUGGACUCUAAUCCGACACAAAGUAGCAGAUUUGCGGAAAUUCCUGCGGUCUCAGGAAGACCAGAAUCCACAAUGGACCUGGAUGAAUUGGCUUAAUUCCGGAUCCUGGACUCACAUCCUGCAGAAAAUAGCUCUUAUUAUUGGAGUGAUAUUAUUGUUGGGUUGUGUUUUGCUAUGUUGUGUUGUUCCCUUGUUCCGAAGCAUGAUCAACAGGGCCCUCGCACCUGCUUCAGGGAUACUCCCAGUCCGAAGUCCCUCGUAUGAUGUGGAAAUGGAUGUGAAAAGUAGGGCCUCGGCUCACCUGCUUGAAGGGGGUGACCCAGACCUACUCCCACCCGAAUUGAGGGCCAGAUUGCUGGCGGUGGGAUGGUACCAUGGUAACAAUUUUCUAAGUUCCUUCCCCAGGAUAACUGUGGUAAUGAUCUCUUCACAGAGAUCAGAAGGGGGAAUGAAGGAAUAAUUCAUUUUAUGCUUUUGCUUAUGUUAACCACGCUUUAUUGCUCUUUAUUCAGUGUGUAAGAAUAUAACAGACAUGUUCUCUCAGUUCUUCAUCUCAGGGAGUAACGCACAUAACGGCAGUUCUUUAUCUCAGUGAAAAACACCAAGGGAGUGACAUAACGGCCGUCCGUGCGGGCCACUGCUGCGCGGGCAGUGGCGGGAAAACACCAAGAAGACCAGAAUACGUGGAAACACCAAGAAGACCAGAAUACGUGGAAACACCAAGAAGACCGGACUCCAGAAUGCGUGGACCAAUCCGCGUUAGUCUAGGCUCAUGAAUAAACAAUGAUCUGUUGUAAUAUAUUCUGUCUGUCCACCUGAGGGUGACGAGUCUGUCCAGUGGCGGUGCAGCUUGUCUAGACUGUUUGUUAGGGAACCUCAGGAACAGACGUCUGUAUUAGAUGACCUGUUAGGGAAAUAAAUCUGCGUGACUCCAA